AUGCACACCUCACUGCUUGACCACAACAACAAUGAGAAUAAUAACAUCAUGGUGCUCCCCAUAGUUGGUAUGGGGGGAACUGGUAAGACUACUCUUGCCCAACUUGUGCACAAUGAUGAGACGGUGAAGCAUCACUUUGAGUUGGUCAUAUGGGUUUGCGUCUCUGACAAGUUUGUCUUCGAAGAAAUUAUUCGAUCUAUAAUCCAAGUGGUCACAUUGAACAAGUGUGAAUUGACUGAGAUGGAAGCACUGCAGAAGAAACUUGGUGAAGUGUUGGGAAAGAAAAUGUGCCUCCUAGUGCUGGAUGAUGUUUGGAAUGAAGAUAGACAAAAAUGGGAUGAUAUGAGAUCUCUGCUAUGCUCACAUGUUGUCUCAAGCAGUGCUAUAAUUGUUACAAGCCGCAGCGAUCAAGUUGCUUCUAUCAUGGGUACACAUCCUCCACAUCAGAUAUCACUUUUAAAUGAGGAUCAGUCGUGGGAGCUUUUCAACAGAAACACAUUUGGAAGGGGAGUAGAGAAGCAAGACGAAUUCAUAUCAAUGGCCAAGAGUAUUGUCCACAAGUGUAAGGGAUUGCCUCUUGCCAUCAAGACUAUACCAGCUUUACUUCGUUCCAAGAAUCACAGUCAUUGGUUUUCUAUUGUUGAUAGUGAUGUAUGGAAGAGUGACAUCCUCGCUACUGGGAUUGCACCUGCACUACACCUGAGCUAUGAUCACUUGUCAUCAGAAGAGAAAAUAUGUUUUUCAUUAUGUGCUAUUCUCCCCAAGGAUAGGCUCAUGGAUAAAGACAUGUUAAUCCAGCUAUGGAUGGCAAAUGACUUAAUUGCAUCAGAAACAAGAGGCCAACAAAUUUUCGAUGUUCAAGAAAGUCUGCAAGGAUCCACAUAUGCCAGUUCAUUAGAGCAUGAGGUUCGAUAUUUGUCACUUGAUCAUGUCAGCAAUGAUACUAUUGCAACCACGAAGGAAAUGCUAGCUCCCCGACCCCGCACGAUAUUAGUCCACCAUUCGGAGUGCAUGCCACAAGGUAUUGGUAAGCUGAAUUCUCUGCAGACAUUGAUGACUUAUGUCAUUGAUAGUGAAGAAGGCCGUGGAAUUGAUCAACUGAAAGAUUUGAAUCUAGGUGGGGGUCUUUCUUUGACAGAGCUGAGAAAAGUGCAUAGUGCAGAAAGUGCUAAACAAGGCAAUAUAUUCGCCAAGCAUAAUUUGAAAAGAUUGGCACUCGAUUGGGGUGGGCCUUUUAUAAGAAGAGAUGGAGAUGAAGUGGGUACUGAUGCAGAAGGAAUAUUAGAGGCCCUUCGUCCUCACAAAACGCUUGAAGGUUUACUGUUACGAUGUUCCACCAUUGUGGCAGCUGCCCUCUCUCGUGUACUUGCAUUUGUUUGGUUUGGAUAG